UCUGAGCCCGGCAUAUCAUGAGAGUGUCUUUGUGACGACUCUCCACCCCACGCCUUCUAUGUAAGAAGCAGAGGUCAUAGCUGCGUCCUGAAGCAUGGAGCCUUUGGAAAAGGAUCCAGAGCCCUUCGAAGAUGCUGCGGCUGCUUCUGCCGCAGCUGCUGCUGCCGCUGCCGCCGCCCCUGUUCCACCGCCGCGGCCUUGCAUCCAGCCGAGAUGCGGAUCGCAGCACCAAAAAGCCGGCUUUGGGCGGGUGCCUAGCCGGGCCACGUCGUUCAAGCGCGCGGUGCAGACCGUUUCCAAAAGCGCUUCGGAAACUGGCCCAGGCGCUCUGCCCGGCAGGACCUUUUUGCUCCCACAGGAGAACGGAGAAGGGAGUGAGCGUGGGGAGCAGGGUUACCCCAGCACUCUCCGAACUCCCGAGGACAGCUCGAGAAAGGAGCGGUUGAACGUCCUGAUGCCUUUAUCCCCACCAAUAGGGAGAUGGUACUGGGAUGAUGAGACCAACACUCUUAAAUUAAAAAGAUUAUCUCAGUUUUCCCUGUCUGAAAGUAAAAGUGGACCUUCUUCCAUUCACUUGUUUAAAAAAAUUCUUCCUAUGCCUGCAUCAGAAACCAAAGAGAAACUCAAGAAGGGUAAAUCAGUUCACUUUAUUGAAAAUGAUGGCACUGCCUCAGAAAGGUUGUCUGAGAAGAGAUUUUCUAAAAGAGAUGAGAAAUCAACCAAAAGAACUGAUAAACAGUCAAAGAAUGACAAGGUUACUCUGGAUGAUGCUAAAUAUGUUGCCUUGUUUUUAUUACAAGACACUGAAAUGCAGCGUAUCUAUUCCUUUACAACAUUUAUGAGGAAUGAGAAACUUGACGAAUUCCUCAUGGCACUGUUAUACUACUUAUCUCAUUAUCUGGAAAAACUUUCAUUGGAAAAGAAGCCCAAAAGCUACAUGACGAGCCAUAUAGAGAAAAAAGAGAUGGAAUUAGUUAUGGAGAGGUUACAAGAGUCACAGAAAUACCUUGCUCAGAAAUAUUGUAUCCUUAUUUUAGGUUUGGGUAUGCCUGACAAACAUCACAUGGCCUGUGGAAAGGAAAAGAUUUCAGAUACACAAAAAGACUGGAAAUUCUUUGAGGCCUUCUUCACCUUCUGUACAUAUGUAGCUUGGGUAGUAUUCCGACGUGAGUACCUAACAGAGAUUGAUGAAGAAAUAGGGAGGCUGUUUCGUACUAAUAUGUUCAAUAGUGCAAGAAGGAGGCAGAAGGAAGAAGAAGUUGGUGAGGGAAAGAGAAGAACGACUUUUGUGCAGUUCAGGAAGAUGAUGGCCAAACUUCCCGCCAUAAAAACAACUAUUCGUAUGCGCUCUCCAGCCUUAUCUACUCUUCUGCCCUCCCCUAAAGAGCAUGCUCAGCAUCUCUUUGAGAAGACCCGUAGUAGCCGUUCAGGUGUCCCAUUUAAACCAUCCAGCAAAAGAGAACUGAUUAGCAGUCCCUCAGUUGUCAUGCCAGUAGUUGGCAUCUUAGGGGAGCCUCGAAGCCUGUUCAACACCUCUACCCUCCUUCCCAGGGAACAAGAACAGAAGCCAGAGUCCACAAAGAGAAAUGCUUCCCUGAUAAUUGAAAAUAAUGCCAAGGUUCAAGAGACGUUAGAGUUAGCUAUGAAAGCACUAAGUUCUUCAGGAGUAUUGACUAAAUAACUACUGUUCCUUUCUAUAGUUCAGUUGCAAUAGAAGUAACUUAUUUUGAUAACUUCAAGCAUGUGAUUCUGAUGUUGUCUCCUUAUUUUUGUAAUUAGAUUAAAAAAAUUUUAUUUUUCAAACCUCACCAGAUGUCCCAAGAACUACCAUGGUGUUUAUAAGAGUGCUCCAGAGAAAGAAAGCAAAUUUUUGACUGGAGGAACUAGGGGAAGAUUUCAGAGGGCAAUUGAGAUAGGCUUAUUUAAUCCUAUGUUUCAAGAAUUUCAUUAGCUAUUUAUUGACUUUCAUAAUUUUGUGAUUAUGUAGAGCAGGAGUGGGGAAUCCAUAACCUCCAGGCCACAUGUGACCCUCUAGGUCCUCAAGUGUGGCCCUUUGACUGAA